AUGGGGAAAUCAUGUUUUCUCUUGACAACUUUCAUAACAUUCAUGUUUAUUUCAUCAACAAUUUCACAAUCACCCAUACAAAAUUUUCUCAAUUGUAUAUCUCAUGAAUCUCAAACUUCUGAAAUCACUUAUACACCAAACAACACCUCAUUCUCAGCCAUACUCAACAUGAGGAUACGAAAUAAGAGAUUUAAAACAACAACAACACCAAAGCCUUUGGCAAUUAUAACUGCAAAAAAUGCUUCUCAUGUCCAAGCAACAGUUAAAUGUGCCAAGAGUAACAAUAUUCAAAUCAGAAUUCGAAGUGGCGGCCAUGACUAUGAAGGUUACUCAUAUGUAUCAGAUGUGCCUUUUGUUAUACUUGACUUGUUUAAUAUCAAUUCAGUUGAUAUCAAUUUACAAGAAGAAACGGCGUGGGUUGGAUCCGGUGCAACACUUGGUAAGAUAUAUUAUAACAUUGCAAAGAAAAAUAGUACCCUUGCUUUCCCAUCUGGGGUCUGUUUUUCUUUAGGUGCUGGUGGUCAUUUUUCUGGUGGCGGUUAUGGAAAUUUGUUGAGAAAAUUUGGUCUUUCUGUUGAUAAUAUUAUUGAUGCGAAUAUCGUUGAUGCCAGUGGUAACAUCCUUGAUAGAAAAUCAAUGGGAGAAAAUCUCUUUUGGGCUAUAAGAGGUGGUGGUGGAGCUAGUUUUGGUGUUAUUCUUUCAUGGAAACUCAAAUUGGUUCAUGUACCUCCACAAGUUACUGUUUUCAAUGUGAAAAGGAAUGUGGAUGAAGGUGCAACUGAUGUUGUUUACAAAUGGCAAAUAGUUGCACCAAAAUUGCAUAAAGAUCUUUUCAUUAGAUUGCAACCUAAUAUUGCUCAAAUUGGUAACGAGGGUAAAAAGGUUGUGCAGGUUAGUUUUAUUGGUCAAUUUUUGGGGACAAUUGAAAGGCUAUUACCUUUGAUAAGCGAGAGUUUCCCUGAAUUAGGAUUGAAAAAAAGUGACUGUUUUUCAAUGCCUUGGAUUAAUACCACUCUUUUUUGGUAUGAUAUGCCAAUUGGUACUCCACUAGAAGCAUUGUUAGAUGAACCAAAAGAACCUCAAAUAAGUUACUUCAAAAGUCAAUCAGAUUAUGUGAAGAGGCCUAUUCCAAGGGAAGGUUUAGAAUCUAUAUGGAAAAAAAUGAUUGAAGGAACUUUGUUUAUGCAAUGGAAUCCUUAUGGUGGAAGAAUGGAAGAGAUAUUGCCAUGGGAAGCGCCGUUUCCUCAUAGGGCUGGAAACUUGUUCAAGAUUCAGUAUCUUAAUUAUUGGACUGAUGAAUCUUCCGAGUCUAUUGAGCGUCACGUGAAUAUUUCAAGGUCUUUUCAUGAAUUUAUGACACCCUAUGUUUCAAAUUCUCCGAGGGAGGCAUUCCUCAAUUAUAGAGAUGCUGAUAUUGGUGCCAAUCAUCCAAGUAAUACAACAAAAUUUGACAUUGCUAAAAUUUAUGGAAGCAAGUACUUCAAAGGAAAUUUUGAAAGAUUGGUGAAUGUGAAAACCAAGGUUGAUCCUGAGAAUUUUUUCAGAUAUGAACAAAGUAUACCUACUAGGAGAUAUUAA